AAAAAAAAAAAAACCCGCCACAUUGUGGGCGGUUAAAGUUGCGCCCCCGCGCGCCCAUUUCCCCAAAAUUUCGAAACACUUGGCGCCUAAAAGCUUCAUUCUUCACUCUUUACCAAGUCUCUCUAUUCUCUACGCCCUAUUUGCUUCACAAGUCACAAAUCAGAUCCAUUCUCUGUACUGUUAGGCUCUAAUCUCCAUCGCUCAAGGAUCUCCGAUGGAAAGCGACGACGACUACGAGUUUUCACCAUCAGAAGAGCCAUCGCCGGUGGUCCAAAAUCGAGGUUUCAAGCGCUUGAAGAAACCGGGGAGAGCUCCGGAAAAUCCUCCGGUGAGUUCAAUUGACGAUCUUAUCUCGUUGCCCGAAGUGGAUUUUGCCAAAUUGGAGGCGUUGGAAGCUUCCAAGACCUUAGAAGAUUCCGAUGAUUCGGAGGGGCCUCUAUCGUCGUCUCAAGGCUUUGACGACGAUGAGUCUGAACUGGAGUCCGGGUUUGAGGAAAAGCGGAAUGAGAGCCGGAGAGCGUUGGACUUCGACGAGGAGGAGAAUAGGUUGAAUUUUAAUUCUGAAGCUCCGAGAUCUGGCGGUGAAAAUGAAGAGGUUGAGGGAGAUUUGGAGUUGGAAUCCCCGGCUGAUGAAAUUUUGGGUAAAAAGGGUGAGGAGAGUGAGGGAAUAGGCGAAGGGCUUGAAGUUCUGAAGGUCGAGAAAUCAGGACAAAAAAGGAACAGUGGAGAUCUGAAUUUGAAUGAAAGCCAUAAAAGUAAGAGCAAGAAGAUAAAGAAUAUGGAGGAUAAUGCUGAUGAUUUAAUGCCCAAAGAGCCAGCUCUGAAUAAAAGAAGAGAACAAAAGGAAAGGAAACAACAUCUGAAGGAGCUUCAUGUUGAAACCCAGAGGCUAUUAAGAGAAUCAAGAGAUGCCACAUUUAAGCCCAUACCAGUUGUGCACAAACCCAUAUCAUCAGUACUGCAAAAGAUCCGGCAGAGGAAGCUUGAGGUCUCAAAAAAGUGUAUGGCAUUAAAGAACAGCAGCACUGUUCAUAGAAACAAUGUACUGACUGAACUUAUGGUGGACGAGGACUUUGACAAUGAGUUUGUGGAAGAUAUCAUAGUAGAAAAAUCAGAAGAGAAGGCAGUUGCACAUGAGGAUUUAAAAAGUGGUGCGGAUGGGCCUUCAGUUUCUGAAGUUGAUGCAAAACCUGAAAAUGUUCCAAGUCAAAUGGUUUUGGAUGAAGUUGCUGAGCCUACGUUUCGAGCUCCAGUUGAUACCCAGGAUCUUUUUGGUGAUUCUCAAGAAAGUGAUGGGACAAAUGAGAGACCCAAAUUCAAUGCUAGUAGUCCUUUGGAAGAAGUAAUGGCACCUUCUAUCCUUGCUAUGAACUUGAAGUUUGAUUCUGUACCUCCAGAUGAAUGUUCUUCAGACGAAGAGGACAAUCACAAGGAGAAUAUAGAUCCCCAUCUACAUAGUGCUCGUGAAGAGUGUCCUCCAAAAGGUGAUCCAGUGAAGGCAUUUGUUGAUGAAGAAGCUGAGGAAGAAGAUGACAGUGACAAUGACCUACACCGCUUCAGUGAAAAUGAAGAUGAGGAUAUUGAAGAUUCUGAAGAACUCAAAGAUAUUAUUGCAACUAAUUAUGAAGAAAGACCCAUGGAUAAUGAAAGGCGCAAUGAACUUCAUAGGAAGUGGCUUGAGCAGCAGGAUGCAGAUGGAACUGAAAAUCUGCUCAAAAAAUUGAAAUUUAAUUCAAAGCAUAGAGAGACAACAUUGCUUGAUGAUGAACAAGUGGAUAGUGAGUGUGAGGAGUUUAAUGAUGAUGCAGAAGAGGAAGCACAACCAAAGAAUCCUGUGCAAGUAAAUAAGAGAAAAGCAAAGCAAAUAAUAACUCAGAUGUUUAUUGAUAAAGAUGAUGUUUUCUUAUCAGAUGAUGAAGAGGAAACAGAGAAGAGGCGUGUUAAACAGCAUGUCCUUGUUAGAGCUGAAGAGCGGACAGCACUAGUGCCUCCAACUGAAGAUGAGAGUUCCAGACAAGUCUUUGGCCUUAUAAAAAAGCUUAAUGUAGUUCCAGACCAAAAGAAGAAAGCAAAACCAUUGUCUUUCUUUGACAAUAUGGUAGGAGGCACAAAAGACGAUAGCUCUUUGAAGUCAUCUUUUCUUGGUCGAGCAUCAAAACAUCACCUUCCAGUGUCCCAUAAGAAAAGUUCAAGCUUAGUUCGAUCAUUCAUCUUUGAACGUGGUGACAGCAACAGCCAUAAUUCAAUUUCAAUGUCAGAGGAUUCUUCACAGACGAUCAUGAAACAAAAUCAUCCAACCAGGAACAAUGCAGCUAGAUUUAGUAGCUCUCAAGCAAAAUCGAGCACUCAAAGCAAGAGCUCUGGUGCAGAAACAUCAAGCGGUGUUUCCCUGUUUGAGAUACUGAAGCAAUCUUCAACACCAUCCUGCUCUGGUGAUCCAAAGCAUGAGAUUGAUUUCAGUCAAGCUCUCCAUGCUGCUUUCAAAAUUCCAAAGAAGCCAUUUCUUGAAGAUCUGAGGUUAAACUAAAAGAUUGUAAAUGCAUGUCAUGCAAUCUUUCUUGCAUUGCCAAGAAUGCUAUUUAUGAUUUGGCUGUAAAUCACAAUGAUCGGCUGAGUUGAUUUAGAGUGAAUUCUGACACUCACAAUUUUAUCAGAUAGGGUCCUAGGGUAGAGGAUAAGAUAGGAUAGGAUUCACAUAUUUCAUAUUUGCAGAAAUGAUAUAUUCAUUUCAUGUAUACUAUGUGCUAUUAUAUUUU